GAUGGUCAUUCGAUUAGUGACUGUAUAAAAGAAAAGUGACUAUCACUGUCAGUUGAGUAUCUAGUUGAACAUGCAUGUGAAAAACUUGCUGUCAAUUCUUCUGGUUCUGGGUUCAGUUUCUUGUAAGAAUAUUCUUAUUUUCAACCCAAUAUUCGGUCUUAGUCAUGUCAAAUUCAUCAGUAAAAUGGCUAAUAUUAUAGCUGACCAUGGACAUAAUGUUACUUUGUUCCAACCCUUUCACAUUGCUUUGAAAAACACGGAGGGGCUGAUUAAAAAUAAAUACAUCGAGAUAAUCAACUACUAUCCAGACCAUUACGAUGAACUUUUGAAGACGGAAACUGCAACAUUCCCAGCUUUUUGGGAUUCCCAUCUGAUGAACAACCCAGUACUAUCUGCGUUCAUGAUUCCUAAAGCAAUUGCCGGAGAAUUUGAGAGAACUGCUACCCAACUUCUCAAGGACAAAGUGGCUCUCGAUGAUUUGAAAAGCAGAAAUUUUGAUGUCAUCAUAUCUGAAACUUUUGAGCUUACUGGAAUGUAUAUUGCCCACAUGUUGAAUGUCCCAUGUAUUCCUGUUUGGUCGGCCGUACGAUUUACAAUUUUCAAUAACAUUUUUGGACAGCCAUCUAGUCUCGGAUAUUCUCAACAGCCAUUCUCCAAGCUCGCACCGGAAGCUGGAUUUAUUGACAGGCUCAACGAUGUAUACCGUAACUUUUUCUUUACCAUAACAAUGGAUGGAAUGGGCCAGUAUCAGAACGAUUUUAUUGAGAAAGCAGUUGGAAGACCACUACCUUAUUGGAAAGAUCUCAUCAAAGAGGCUCCUGUCUAUUUCACAAAUUCCAAUGAAUAUCUGGAUUUUGCGGUGCCCACAACUGCUACCAUUGUUCAUAUCGGAGGGUUUACUAUGGAUUUGGAAAAAAUGAAACAUGUUGACCCACUACCCGAUAAAUAUGCAAAAAUUCUAGAAGAACGGGAGUCUACAGUGCUCAUAUCGUUUGGAUCAGUUAUCCGAUCUUAUCAAAUGCCAGACAAUUUCAAGGCAGGAAUUAUUAAGAUGUUCGAGUCACUUCCAGAUGUCACAUUUAUCUGGAAAUAUGAACGAGAUGACGUGGAAUUCCAGAAGAAGCUUCCGAAGAAUGUUCACUUAAAGAAAUGGGUGCCGCAACACUCCCUUCUUGCUGAUAACCGCGUGAAGCUAUUUGUGACCCAUGGAGGACUGGGAAGUACAAUGGAAGUAGCUUACACCGGCAAGCCGGCUCUAAUGGUUCCAAUUUUCGGAGAUCAACCAGAAAAUGCAAAUAUGCUCGCAAGACAUGGAGGAGCUAUUUCUUAUGAUAAAUUCGAGCUGGCUGAUGGAGAAAAAUUGGCGAUAACUAUUCGGGAUAUGGUGAGAAAUCCAAAGUACAAUAAGAAUGCUCAAGAGCUGCUCAAGGUGCUCUCUCACCAGCCAAUUGAUCCAAAGUUAAAUCUUAUGAAGCAUCUGGAGUUUGCGAUGGAAUUUCCAAAUCUCCGAUCUCAAGUUCCAGCAAUCAAUCAAAUGGGUCUUAUUGCACAUUAUUACCUAGAUGUGAUUUUCUUCCUUUCAUUAAUUUUCAUUCUCACCGUUUAUCUUACAUUUAAAAUUAUUUCCCUCCUACCAAUUAGAAUUGUCAAAUCAAAGAUUGAUUAAUUCUGAUAGGGCGAGCUGAUGAUCUCAUGAAAAUUGCGUGCUUUAAAUAUAAAAUAUUUUUGUGUAUAGUUUUUGUUUUCUUAAAAUUCAGU